GGCUAACAUGGCUGAGGUAAACAUGUCUGGCCGUCAGCUGGUGACUCUUGAAGCUUAGAGGAGAUUCUCAGAGGGAGGAGAACUCGGUACACCUUAACACUCGUAGAGGAGACCACACCUCCCUCUGGAAUCUCAGGGAGAAGAGGAGCUCUUCACACACCACCACCACCACUCACCCAACAUAGAGACCAUUCAUUGGAGGGUGAGGUGCAGUGGUCUUCACACGACCUCAACGGGAGGAGUGGUCUUCACACGACCUCAACGGGAGGAGAGGUCUUCACACGACCUCAACGGGAGGAGAGGUCUUCACACGACCUCAACGGGAGGAGAGGUCUUCACACGACCUCAACGGGAGGAGAGGGCUUCACCCUCCACCCAGCGUAUAGGAGACCUUCACCCACUGGAUCAUGACCGCCUUCACCCACUAGAACAUGAAGAAAUUUAGGACAGAAAAAAUAAUGGCUAAUGUGAACGAGUAUCUGAAGAGGAGAAAUUUGGAGAAUCAGACAUCAGGGGGAACAGUAACAGAGCAGCAAGCUGGAGUAUUAGGCCUGGUGUCUCCCUCUACACCCAAUAGCUUCACCUUCUCCACCACCUCAACUCACCAUUCACACAUUGAUCAUCAGUAUGUCAGGCUCAAGUCAUGGAUGAUGGAGGCAAGUGAACCAUGUCGAUCAGAGUUGUCACAGGUGUUGUUUCCUCUGUUUAUUCAUCUUUACUUGGAGCUGGUGGCUGGCACAGGACGGCAAGCAGCCAAGAAGUUUUUUGUAAAGCACUAUCAGGUAUUCUUAGUUAAUCGUGACUAUGAAAACACACUAUCACAGGUGCUGAAUGCAGCUAACAUAAAUGCAUCGGGAGAUAUGAACUCGUCUCCUAUUAUUCAGAAUCUCAAAAGUGGUAAAUACCUGAUACGUCUGAGUGAGCUAACUUUGAAUUACUUCUUACGAUACCUCAAAGCCACAGAAAACCCAAUUUUACUACAGAUCUUUAAUACAUAUAUAGAGGUGGAAGUGGAUGACUCCAGUGCUGGUAGUUCAGGAGCAGUUUUCCGUAGCCCAGAGCUAAACUGCAAUUCAUCAAAUGCUUUAGUAAAUGGUCACACACCAGAGUCUAUGUCAUCUGAUUCAGCAAUAACCUCAGCAGAUGGACUGGACUGCAGUCAGGAGGAGUUACAAAAAAUGAAAGAUGUGAUGGCCCGUAUUAAGUUAGCUCAUCCUGCCCCACCAUCAUUGUGCGUAUAUACUGUUUCUAAUGCCUAUAAUGGCUUAAGUUGUGCCAGUGUUAAUACAGAAGGCAGAUUGCUGGCUUGUGGAUUUGAAGACAGUGUCAUUAAAAUGUGGAAGCUAACUCCUCCAGUACAUAAUGUAGGGUUUAGAAAGGUUAGUACCGUAUUAGGACCCAGAGGUGGAAUAUCACAUACCCUGUUAGCAUGUGAUAAUUCACGUAUUGAGGAUGAUGGUGAUGUCAGAGAAGAGGAAGAAAGAGAAGAGGAAGAAAUGAUAGCAGAGGCAAGGAAUGGCGGCAGAAGAAGAAACCGUGGAGGAGAGCUCUUUGCCCUAAGAGGACACAGUGGACCUAUUCUUGAUACUGCAUUUACACAUGAUUCAACUUACCUACUGUCUGUCAGCGAAGACACGACUAUGCGUCUGUGGGAUUUGGAAAGUGGUCAGGCAGUUGCUCUUUAUAGAGGCCACAACUAUCCUGUGUGGUGUGUGGGAAUUGCACCACUCACUAUGUAUGUAGUAACUGGUUCCUACGAUAGCACUGCUAGAUUGUGGACCACGGACUGCACAUAUCCCUUACGCACUAUGGCAGGUCACACUCAAUCGGUAGAUUGUGUAGCUUUUCACCCCAAUGGCACAUAUGUAGCCACUGGAUCUUGUGACCGAACAGUUAGGCUAUGGCAAGUAACAGAUGGGGAUGCCGCGAGGAUCCUGCUCCAUCAUAAGGCUGCCAUCAAUGCUGUAGAAUUUUCUCCAAAUGGAAAAUACCUAGCUUCAGGAAGUGAUGAUGGAGCAGUUGUGGUGUGGGAUCUGGCUGGUGGGCGGGUGCUUACUGAGCUAAGUAGUGGAUGCCAGGGUAGCAAUGGAAGCACAGAAGUCUCACCACACCUAGAGUCCAUGGUUGGCCUCUGCUGGUCCUCCGACUCGUCUCUCUUAAUCUCUGCCUCCAGUGAUGGCUGUGUGCGCACCAGUUAUCUUGAGCAGGCACCAUCUAGUGAUGGAGGAGCUACAUGGGAGCUGGAUGAGGUGUGUCAGGUUCAGUGUGGUGGAAGUACAAAUGGAGGAAUGGGUAGUAAUGGAGGUGGACAACUACUUCAUACCUCCCUUACAUGUCAUAACUACCUCACUGCUGUCACUGCUCUUGAUGUCGAGAGAUAAAAUCUGAUCUGAUAUAACUUACAUCAUUGCUGAGGGUUUCUACUUCAGCGGCUGUAAAGAAUCAAAUUUUUAAGUUCUGCAAAGUCAUUAUAAAAAAUGAAGUCUUCUUUUGAUAUCAAAUUUAUUUGUGCAUUAGUAUUCCUGGUCUCUAAAACAUUAAUUUAUCAUUGGUAAUUAUUGAAGUAGAUUCUCCAGGUAGGUCCACCAGUGAAUAUUUUUAGUAGGAAUUUUUAUUAAUUACUCGAGUACCCCCUCCCCGCUCAGCUCGUUGCCGUGUGGGGGCUUAGUGGGCGGCUGCCGGAGUGUGAUGCUCCCUGGGACAGUCCUCUGUCCCUUUCUAGCCUUGUGCUCCUGCUGCCGUCCUCUCCAAUU